AUGGGCGACGAACCAUGGCUCGACAGUCUGUCCGACGACUGGCCCUCAGUGCCGGCCACGCCUACGACUCCAGGCCCGUCAGUUGCUCCCUCGCCACGACCGAGUGUCAGCGUGCAGAGCUCGCCCAGUCGCAUUCCAGUGCCUGCCCGCCGAUCCGUGGAACAACAAUCACCGGCCGACUUGAAGAAGGUGACCCGGCCAUGUCAUUUCAUUAAAAGAGAACCGCCCACCCCAAAGACGCCCCGAACUCCCAAAACCCCCUCGAAACCACGGUCGCCGACCCCCGCAAAAUCCAAAACAAACACCCCGAAGCCCGCAUCCUCACCCAAGCCCACGCCCACAUCGAAAUCGUCCAAGUCCGCGAAGCCUCCAAAGCGCGGCAGCCCGAAGCCCACCCCCGGGGUGAUGGCGGCGGCCAGAAAACUGCCCCAGGGGGACACGCGGUCUCCGCUGCGGUCAGUUUCCAAUGUCUCCAGUCAAACUAGCUACCAGAGCGAGGGUACGGUCCAGAUUAAACCCAAGAAAGAUACCGGGGAGGGCUCGACCACUCCCGAAUGGCGGAAGCGCCUGGUACGCGGCGAGAUCCCAGCCGAAGACCAACGAGACUUGUUCGCACCAAUGGGACUCGAGAGCGUAUUCAAACCUCCAAGCCCGUCGACGCAGCAGGACUCGAUCCCAUUCAGCAAGCAGGAUGACCAACCGUGGGAUUUUACGGACGCGACGUCCCGCCCGGCGAGCGCGCUGCGCGGGGACCAAGAACAAACUGACGCUCAGGGCGAAGAGCCUGAGCGUGCUCAGGACGAAUAUUCUGACACGGGGAUGGAAUCACCGUUAGGGACAGUCAAUCGGCCCCUCUGGACCGAGAAACAACACCGCGACGAGGAGUUUGACCCCGAAGCGCAUUCACAAGAUGGUGGAACCGAUGUACGAACGGCGAGUGGACUGGAAGACCUUCGCAACGAGGGCAUCACGCCCAUCACAUUUACGCGACCGAAUACUCUGGAAGGAGGCGCCACCUCUGAAGUCAUCAAGUCUGCUCUCAAGCAAGUCACAAACAAGCUGGAAAGCCUGUCCGUGGACCAGGACAGUCGUCCGGAUUCCCCUGCGAGCGAUAGCUUCCUUUUCUACAACCAGCACCAGACCCUCCACUAUAACCACAGUGACCCUCCGCCCGAUGGCUCUCCGCGCGGCGAAGACAGCCUACUGGAUGUGACCAGUCACUCACUCCCUCAAGACCUGUCAAUGGGCACCAUCGAUUUCAGCCGCCGUGGCCCCAGUCGCUCUUUCCUCAAGCGCUUCUCUCCCUCCCCAUUUCCUUCUUAUCGCAAGUCUCCCGCGAACCUCGCCAACAACAAAAUUCGAAACUCUCCCCUUUUCAGUCGCUCACAGAGCAACGGAUCUCCCCCAUUGCCUCGUCCAUCCUCCUCCCAUGUUCGCCCGUCCACGUCCGGGGAUGCUGAAUCAAAGCAAGGAACAAUGCCUUCGUCCGGGAGCCCAUUGAAGCUGUUCGGCGAACAUGACACUUUCACGAACAACAGGCUGCUGCGGCGCAUGAGCCAAUUCGAAGAGACAUUUGAGGAUGGAUCGGAUCAUGACGAACCACCGUCACCAUCAGAGGAGGCGCGUCGAAAGGGAGAAAACCGCAGUUUCUUGAAUGUCCGACACGAGCCAUUGAGUGAGAUAUCAUCCCGGCUCAACGAACGGUUGGCCUCUCGAAACGUACAGCGCCCUCGGCUGAAUCGAUUUGGAGACGGGGAGUUGGAUAAAUUCGACUUUUCUGAUGCAAGUCCCUAUGAGCGUCAGCUAGUCUAUGAUGAAGUACAAGGAUUUGGGUCUCGACCAUCCUCUCGCAAGUUUUCGUCAAGCCGCCAACAGUACUUGCGUCGUGGAUCACAGCAGGACUCUCUCCGGUAUGCGAGAUCGUCAAGCUCUGGGUUUACUCGAAAGCCGUCGGCGUGGACUCGACAAAGUUACUUCGACCACAUGCGCGAUGGCACCUGGUCCUCUCGCGUCCACAGGAAAGAGAACGUGGGCUUUCCCGAAACCAAGAGGGUUCCCAAAGCACCUGGCAUGGAUCCAACUCCGAAACGACGCCGCACAAUUUUGCGUGAUGAGAGCGCCGAGCCUGAUCACCCCCAUGCUAAUAGUGACUCCCUCCAAAAUUUGCUUGAGAAUGGUGACUACCUCGCCCCGCCCGGCGUUUCACAGUCUAUGCUGCGCCCAAGAACGCCGACACCGAGUCAAAUACGGUCCAUACAUGGAUCGAAGAUUCUAUCCAGAAGGGAUUAUUCUGAAUCCAACUUCGAUGAACGUGACUAUUCCGACUCGUUUUCUAUUGAAGGAGACGUGCCCCUGGUCAUGAUCACAGGCACUAGUGAUUCAUCUCGUAAAGGGUCGAUUACCACGCAAGAUUAUCUCAAUGAGGCGACAAAGAUUAUGGAUCUAAUUCGAGCGAAAGGCCGAACAGCACCUGGCUCUGGAUUGGCGAGUGUGCAGGAGUCUGAUCCGGAUAGCGAUGAGGGCGAUCUUAGCUACGAAGACGAAUCCACAAGAGAAGCAUUCUCCCGUCCGCCCAGCCGCGAAGGAACCACCGAUCUUCGCAAGCAGCGCGAACCGAAGGAGUUGAACCCGCAAAUUUUGAGCUAUCUCAAGAAAUACCAAGAAAAAGAUGACUUGGAGUUCGGUGCCAAUGAGUCAGUCAUGUCCUUGAAUAUCAAUUCUUCGGGCAGACAGUCCAAUGCCGAAGGUCUCUUGAAGCCAGAUCCUGAGCGAACGGGGGGAUUGGCCCCUGAAGAGAGGAAACGAAAGCCCAGCGGUCCUAUCGAUGACAUCGCCGAGAGCAUUGCGCAUGACCUGAUGACCAUCAAUACUCAGAUGUCGGGAUUUAGUAUUCAGUCAAUACCCACCGGGUCCUCGCAGAAUUCGCAGGCCAAGGGAAUGUUGUCUUCAGAUCUGGUGUCGCAUUUAAUUCCCGAGCAAGUCAACGGCUUCGUCUAUGAUCGUUCGAAGAAUCAGUGGGUGAAGGGCGAUGCCGACCAACCAGUUCGUAAACCUCUACACCAGGACGAUACCGAUGAUCCCUUUCAAGAUAUUCCGGAUUUAAGCGUGGAUGAACUGCAAGAAAUGAUGCGAACCCACGGUCCCAACUCUCCUGUGAAAGUCACAGCUGCCGAUGCAAAUAGAUAUCAAAACACUCCUCCGCCUCAAGGUGCAGGCACAUCUCCAGCGAAAGCGAAUCCUCGACCUCACACAAGGGAUGGUGAACGAUCGACAAAUGCAAGUUCUGUGCAUUCGAGGACUACUCGGUUCACUUCCAGCGUUCCCAAUUCGGGAACCCGCGCUACCUCAUGGGGUACUGAGGAAACUCGUGAAACAAAUGAAGCUGGAAACAGGCUUCCCACACCUGGCACUCCAGCGAUGGCAGGUCAGCCUCGAAUAAAAAAGUCUCGGGUCGCCACAAUCACCUUCUCUUCGCCGCUUGUCUCCCAUGUCGCAUACAGGGAAGAUCCCGAUGCCUCCGAACCUCAACUGGAUACCGAAAAUCCUACAACAGACGAUCCUUCCUGUGAAGGCGUCCAGAACCAGCGCUCCUCUGCAUCUCCUUCAAGACGUGAAACUUCUAUUGGAGGCCAACCAUUCGUUCGACGCCCUGUUUCAAGAAUAGAUGAACGAAAUGAGGAAGGCACUGAAGAUCUUAGCCUUAUUCAAAGGGAUAAGUCCCUGGCGCUUCAACAGACUCUUAACGGAAAUGCUGCAGAACAGUCUUUAAUUCCUCUCCGUUCAGAUGAACAGGAAACCAACUAUAGUUUUCAUUUGAGCCCACUUCCAGAGUUUUCUGUGAAUCAACCAGACCACCCCCUGAAUCUUGAAAUGAGCUAUGUGGCCCAGCGCACACACCCCACUUCUUUACGGCAAGUCCAUGGGACCUUUGCCCUGGCCACAGAAGACAUGAUCAAACACAUCACCGAUGUUGAGCCUUAUGAGCCGUACUGGGAGCAUGUGCGUCGCCUUGUGCUACGCCAGAAAGGCUUGAUCACCUUACAUAAACUGAGCGAUUUUUGUCCACGCCUCGAGGAUUUGGAUGUCUCUGAUAAUGACAUUGGGCAGCUGAGCGGUGUUCCUGCCGGCCUCAGAACACUCAAAAUCCCAAGGAAUUGCCUUUCUAAUCUCACGUCAUGGAGCCACUUAACUAAUCUUCAAUACUUGGACAUUUCCGGAAAUGACAUAGAGAGUCUGGAUGGCUUCUCUAGUCUCAUUCACCUUCGAGAAUUAAAGGCAAAUGACAACCAAAUUCGCAAUAUCGAUGGUGUUCUCGAUCUCAAUGGGCUGCUGAGCCUGAAACUCAGCAAUAACUCCUUGACCGCCAUCGACUUCGAGGGGACUGAACUGACUCGACUCCGCGAUCUUGACUUAAGUCAUAAUUGCUUAUCAUCUGUUAGGAACGUGGACUGGCUCCCAUCGCUUGCGACUCUUGAUCUCAGCGCCAACCAGAUCCCUCAGUUCGAAUCUUCGGGCUCGCUGAUCAGUCUCCGCGCCUUAAAGCUUUCUGGAAAUUGCCUAGAAACCCUUGAUCUAAAGCAUUUUUCAUCUGUCAACUUGCUUUACCUUGAUCAAAAUUAUCUUUCAACCAUCACGGGUCUCGAGCAUUGCCACAAUAUGGAGGUCCUCUCCGUGAGAGAACAGAGCCCAGCCACGGAAAAUGAUCCAAAUUUUGCACUGGACAUUGAUUUAGGCCAUGUCAAAGACAUCCGAAAGGUGUUCUUGUCAUCCAACAAACUCUCUCGAAACUGCCUCUCACCCUCUGCCUCGUUGUUACGCCUUCAGCUUCUUGAUAUCGCAGCCUGCACCUUGAAUGCUCUUCCCAAUGAAUUUGCAGCGAGAUUUCCUAAUCUGAAGGUUUUGAAUAUGAACUUCAACUCGGUCAAGGAACUAGAGCCACUAGUUGGCAUGAACUGUUUGGCCAGACUGACGGUAGCUGGAAACCGGCUUGCAAGAAUGCGACGUGUCUGCCAAAUUUUGAGUCGCCUUGGCCGGAACGGAUCCAUUCCAGAUCGCAAGAAAUUGAAGGACCAAGAAAAUGCAGUCGUACAGCAAGAAGAGAAAGAUCUGUCUGACGCCCUUGCUGACCUUGAUCGGGACGAGAGAGUCACUCAGACUGUCACCUGGGAUGACAGUGCUAAGGGGGAUCGAGAAAUUGAGGUCAACGACCCUUUCACUCUCCCGCCUGCUGAUCCCCGCGCCGACGAGAGAUAUCUCAACCAUCUGGAUCGUGCCACUCGACUUCGCCGAAGAGUCUUAGAGCUUCUUCUCUACGCUGGCACGAGUGGUUCGCUCCACAUGCUUGAUGGGCUGGAGCUUCAACCUUCCCUGGGAGAGAACUCCCCCGACAUGGGACACGCGUGGGCGAAAUUGGAGGAAUUGGGUGUUCUGCGCAGGAAAGCCAUUACGGACAAAACUUAA